UCCCCGAUUCGUGUGGUACUCUUGCUUCGGCGGGGUUCGUUGGCGAAUCCCAGCAGGCGCGGCACCGCUUGUCCGCUCGCUGGUUGGGCUCACUUCCCCCAUCCGCAGCUGUUUCAGGACUCGAUUCGAGCUAUCCAUCGCUGUCCAUGGCGGCCUCGACGCCGGCGGCGGGCGUGGAAUCGAAAAUCCGCAUCCCGGGAUUCCAGGGGCUCCGAUCGUCCGUAUUGGUUCCUCUCGGGAGAGAAAUCGGUCCUUUUCCAAUCGGACGCUCUUCGAGGUCUUCCUCCGUUAUCAGAGCCGUCUCCACGGUGAGACCGCGUAUAAAGCCGGAUAAUACUGAAGUAAAGAGGAGCAAGGUUGAGUUGUUUAAGGAGCAAAGCAAUUUCCUUAGGUUUCCUUUAAAUGAGGAAUUGCGCUCAGAAGCUCCAAAUAUAAAUGAAGCUGCCACUCAGCUAAUCAAGUUUCAUGGGAGUUAUCAACAGACAAAUAGAGAUGAACGUGGUGCAAAGUCUUACCAGUUUAUGCUCCGUACUAAGAAUCCUUGUGGGAAAGUCCCUAACAAGCUCUACUUGGUUAUGGAUGACCUGGCUGAUGAGUUUGGAAUUGGUACUCUCCGUUUGACCACUAGGCAGACAUUUCAAUUGCAUGGGAUCCUGAAGAAAAACCUACAAACUGUGAUGAGUACUAUUAUUAAGAACAUGGGAUCAACACUUGGUGCAUGUGGCGAUCUUAAUAGGAAUGUAUUAGCCCCUGCAGCACCAUUUGUGAAAAAAGAGUAUGUUUUUGCACAGGUGACUGCAGAAAACAUUGCUGCUCUAUUGACACCUCAAUCUGGAGCAUAUUACGAUUUGUGGGUAAAUGGAGGGAAAAUUUUGUCAGCAGAGCAUCCAGAAGUAGUGAAAGCCCGCAAUGAUAAUUCUCAUGGAACCAACUUCACUGACUUACCUGAGCCCAUUUAUGGCAGCCAAUUCUUGCCUCGAAAGUUUAAGAUUGCUGUGACUGUACCAACAGACAACUCAGUGGAUAUCCUCACCAAUGAUAUUGGUGUUGUACUAGUUUCUAGUGAUGAUGGAGAACCUCAAGGCUUUAACAUCUAUGUGGGAGGAGGAAUGGGAAGGACUCAUCGAGUUGGGACAACUUUUCCUCGUUUGGGAGAACCACUAGGCUUUGUCGCCAAAGAAGAUAUUUUAUAUGCUAUAAAAGCUAUUGUUGUUACUCAAAGAGAAAAUGGGAGGAGGGAUGAUAGGAAGUAUAGUCGAAUGAAAUAUUUGAUUAGCACGUGGGGCAUUGAGAAGUUCCGCAGUGUUGUUGAACACUAUUAUGGUAAGAAGUUUGAAAACUUCAGAGAAUUACCUGAGUGGGAAUUCAAGAGUUACCUUGGAUGGCAUGAACAGGGUGAUGGUGCAAUGUUUUGUGGACUGCAUAUCGAUAAUGGGCGUAUAGGCGGGAAAAUGAAACAAACUUUAAGAGAAAUAAUUGAGAAGUAUAAACUGAAUGUCCGAAUUACACCAAACCAGAAUUUGAUCUUGUGUGAUAUUAGACGUUCCUGGAGAAGACCUAUCACCACAGCUCUUGCCCAAGCAGGUUUACUGUUGCCCAGAUACGUUGAUCCUCUUAAUAUAACUUCCAUGGCUUGCCCUGCUCUACCACUAUGUCCGCUUGCAAUAACAGAAGCUGAGAGAGGGAUUCCAGAAAUUCUCAAACGGGUUCGAGCUGUUUUUGAUAAGGUUGGCCUCAAAUAUAAUGAGUCCGUAGUGAUAAGAGUGACUGGAUGCCCCAAUGGCUGUGCCAGACCCUACAUGGCUGAACUUGGACUUGUUGGGGACGGUCCCAACAGCUAUCAGAUCUGGCUAGGGGGAGCACCUAACCAGACUACACUGGCAAAGAGCUUUAUGGAUAAGGUGAAGGUCCAUGACUUAGAGAAGGUAUUCGAACCCCUGUUUUACUACUGGAAAACAAAACGGCUCCGUGGUGAAUCAUUUGGCAACUUUUCAGUUAGGAUGGGCUUUGAGAAAUUACAGAAGCUGGUAGAGAAGUGGGAAGGCCCUGCGGAGCCAGCAUCAAGAUUCAACCUAAAACUCUUCGCAGACCGGCAGACAUUUGAGGCCAUGGCAGAACUUGCAAAGCAGCAGAACAAAUCGGCUCACCAGCUCGCCAUGGAGGUGAUUCGCAACUAUGUUGCUGCCCAGGGCAAUGGAUCAAAUGGACAAUAAGCAUCAUCUAAUUGUCUUAUAAUGGCUAUGAUAUUUCAAGUAAUCAUCUAAUAGCAAAGGCAAUGUGACAACCAGUCUCUUGCUAUCUCUUUGUUCACGUAAAAAAGGUAACUCGCACUUCAAAUCAAUUUUCUUUCCACAUUUUUCAUUCAGUUUUCAGACUAUUUCUUGUGAAUAUGCACUCUUCAACUUUUGUAGUCAAUGACAAUGGUUCUUGGACUUGAGUGGCUCAGUGCUUACCCCUGUAAAAACUCAAAUCGAGCUUUAAUUUUAAGCUUGGUAUCUGAAUGACUGCAGCCAUGUGCCAAAUGCUCUUUUCGGUUAGUUUUGUUUAUGAAUCAUACACCAACUGUUUAAGAUUAUUUGCAUUGUCUAUCCUUCAA